AAGCCGCCUGUGGGUUUUUUUUGGUUGUUUUUUUUGCUGCCUCCUCCUGCCUCACUGAUGCUGCCGUCCGUCGGGCUGCUGGUCGAUGCUCCGCUCGGGUCUGGAUCCUGUUCGGACUGAUCGCUAUGUAAAAAGCCGCCUUCUUUCGACGCGGGCUGUGAGGAUGCCUUUAGCUGUGACGGUUCCAUCUAUGCGGCACACACCGGAGCUCCUCGGCUCACAUCUGACCUCAGCCCAAGACGAGACGGCGACCGGGCGAGAGCUUUUCCAGCCCACAUAAACCACAUGAGCCCGUGGGUGCGUGUGGGGAAAGGCCAAGGAGGGAACCUACUGCACUGAGAUUUGGGGUCUCCCCAUCCUGUUAAAAAAAAACAACAAAAAAACAAUCCAUCCAUGGACUGCUGUGAGCUUACAAGCUUCCUGAUGAUGGUUGGAGAGCAGCCCUGAUGCAUCUUGUAAAAACUCAAACAGCCCUUUGCCAGGUUUGCAUCACCAGGCAGGAGACGGAGCAGACGGCAACUCUGUGUGUGUCAUGUUAAAACCUGGAUUAGAGCCCAGAACUCUCAUCCAAAAUCUGUGCCCUGCCCUGCCCCUGUCCUUUGUAUGAGCAUCACAGCUUCGCCACAACAGUGUCAAGCAGCUGCAAGAAUUUGCAGACUUCAGCGUUUGAGCUGCUGAACUGUUUUCUCCAUCCACAAGAAGACCGGGAACCCGACUCAGGAUGCAGGUGUCCUUCGCCUGCACCGAGCACAACCUCAAGAGUCGCAGUGAAGACCGGCUUUGUGGCCUUCGCACCGCACCGCCUCCUGGAGGAAGCAGUGGAGGAGUAGGGGGAGUUGGUGGACUUGGAGGAGGCAGUGGAGGUGGUGGAAGUGGAGGAGGUGGUGGUGGAGGAGGAGGUGGAGGUGGAGGCAGUGGACAAGGGAACAAUGGCAACUAUAUUUCCCAGAGCUCAAUCAAGAGCAGGGAGGUGGCCAUCUCCCGCCCAAUUCCACAGGGACACGCCCACAUGAAGGAGGCCAUUGGGCGCUACACCACCAUGAAGUACAGAAACCUUGGAAAAUCAGGCCUCCGUGUUUCCUGCCUCGGGUUAGGUACCUGGGUAACGUUCGGAUCACAGAUCUCUGAUGAGAUGGCUGAGAACUUGAUGACCAUAGCUUAUGAAAAUGGAGUGAACCUGUUUGAUACAGCAGAAGUCUACGCCUCUGGAAGAGCGGAAAUCACUCUUGGGAAUAUUAUCAAAAAGAAAGGAUGGAGGCGUUCAAGUUUUGUUGUCACAACAAAGAUAUAUUGGGGAGGCCAAGCAGAGACAGAGAGAGGACUCUCCAGAAAACACAUUAUUGAAGGUUUAAGAGGAUCAUUGUCGAGACUUCAGCUCGAUUAUGUGGACAUUGUUUUUGCCAACAGGAAUGACGUCAACAGCCCAAUGGAAGAGAUCGUACGGGCCAUGACAUUUGUGAUAAACCAGGGCAUGGCCAUGUACUGGGGAACCUCCCGUUGGAGUGCCAUGGAAAUCAUGGAGGCCUACUCGGUGGCACGUCAGUUCAACCUGAUACCACCUGUAUGCGAGCAGGCAGAGUAUCACUAUUUCCAGAGGGAUAAAGUUGAGGUGCAGCUUCCUGAACUCUACCAUAAAAUAGGUGUUGGAGCAAUGACCUGGUCUCCCCUUGCUUGUGGAUUAAUCACAGGGAAGUACAGCGAUGGUGUUCCAGAAUGCUCCAGAGCAGCAAUGAAGGGUUACCAGUGGCUGAAGGAGCGAGUGUACAGUGACGAGGGCCGGAAGCAGCUCGCUAAAAUCAAGGAGCUCAAUCUACUGGCGGACAGACUGGGCUGCACAGCUGCACAGUUAGCUAUAGCCUGGUGUCUGCGUAGUGAGGGAGUCAGCUCAGUACUUCUGGGAGUUUCUAACACUGACCAGCUUGUGGAAAACCUCGGCGCCCUGCAGAUUUUAUCUCAAAUGACCCCUCAGACCGUUACUGAGAUUGACGCCCUGCUGGGAAACAAACCGCACUUGAAGAAAGAGUCACGCGCUUAAAGAUGCAAAUGUGAUGGAAAAAGACAAUGAGACUGAGGAAACAUUGCUUUUUUCUCUGCCCUAUACUCAACAACUUGCAUGUCGUCUGCAACAUUAUGCUUUCAGUAUGUGCGCACAUUCAUUCUGCGCAGUACAUUGCAUCAUGAAAAAAGCAGUUCCUGUAUUGUUCUCACACUUUUUAUCACGGAAAGGUCAAAGGUUGGAACAGCUGUUCUCUGACAUCCAGCUCAAGCCAUGUUAAAGCGAACACAGGACUUGGAUUUGACUGUUGCUACUCAAAUAUUCUUAAGUGGGGAUAAAAAAGCAACACACGUCUAUGCUAUGAUACCACUUUACUGUUUGAAUGGUGCUUUCAUUUGGACAUGUGAGUCACUCCCCCUUGCUGCUGCCCAUUGUUCUACAGGAUGUUUAGUAUCCAGCAGCCAGAGAGCCAAAGGUUAGUCCCCAUGAGUCCAGCUGAACAUUUCCCAUAGUGUGCAUGUGACUGGUUUGCUGUGCUCACUGCUUUACAGGGUUUGGGAACAGUAGA